AUGGCUUUGACAAUCUCAAACAUACUGCACUGCCCUAAAUUGAAUUCCUCUCGCAACCAUUCCCGUCCCCAAUUUUCAUCCUCUCUCAGGUUUCCCAAGAGAGCAGCAUGUAAUAAUAGGAAAAUUAUCUGUGCUUCUGCAUCUGCUGCAGGAAGUUCUAAUCCUAAUAGCGACAUAAGUCCUUAUGAGGUUCUAGGUGUAAGCCCUAUUGAGAAGUUUGACACGAUCAAAGCGGCAUAUACUAAAAAAAAGAAGGAGGCUGAGAACAAUGGCGAUGAAGAAACUGCUUCUAGACUAGAAAAGGCAUAUGACAAAGUUAUGAUGUCUCAAUUGAGUAAUCGGAAAAAAGGUCUGACUUUUGGAUCAUUUAAGGUUUCAAAGGACAUAAAGUAUGCUGACAAGCAGCCAAUUAUACCUUGGGGACCAAGGUUUGCUAAAUCCAGUGAAAAUGAUAUGCGCAUCAACUUGGCAAUAUCUGCUGCUUUUACAGCUUGGAUCGUGGUCGCUCGCAGUGCUGAAUAUAAACCUUUGCAGUUUGUAGCUUUUGCUUUUGUUUAUAGGCUUUUUGAGAAGUUAAAAUCCUUUGAAUCUCCUAAAAGCUCCACAAUUAAUGAAGAUGGUGAAGAUCCAGGAGAAGGACUGCGCAUGGGAAAGAGACUGCUCCGAUCACUGGCCUUGGUUUUUGGAUGUGUAGCUCUUUCAUCCGUGGCAUUCACUGUGGGUUUAAACAUAAUUGAGUCUGCAAGUGGUUCUAUUCCAUCUAUUCUUUAUAACAGUCAGGAGUUGAUAAUCACCGCAUCAUCAGCAGUCAUGCUUUAUAUUUUGGGAUCUUUUUAUCGAUAG